AUGGCUAAUUUGAACCAGCCUAGGACAUACAACAACCCAGGCUACCUGCAGAACGGCGGUGUUUCCCAGCCCGGAGCUGCUCCUCUUCUGCCCAACCAAGGCCGUGUCAUCCAGACUGGUCCCAUGCGAGUCCUCUGUAUCGCCGAUGUUCGAGGUAACCUGCGAUCGCUCAACGAGCUUGCCAAGCAGGCUCGCGCCAACUACAUCAUCCACACCGGCGAUUUCGGCUUCUACGAUGAUACAUCCCUAGACAGGAUCGUUGAAAAGACACUUAAGCACGUUGCUCAGUACUCACCCCUCAUCUCAGAGCCCGUCAAGAAAGCCAUUCAACAAGGCGGCCCCGGUCCCAUCAAGUCUCGAUUCCCCGCUAGCGACCUGCCUCUUUCCGAGCUCCCUCUUCUCCUCAGCGGCGAGCUCAAGCUUGAUGUCCCCGUUCAUACAGUCUGGGGUGCUUGCGAAGAUGUUCGUGUUCUCGAGAAGUUCCGAUCCUCCGAGUACAAGGUCCACAACCUCCACAUCAUUGAUGAGGCCCGGUCGAUGUUGCUAGAGAUUGGCGGUGUCAAGCUGCGUUUGCUCGGUCUUGGUGGCGCUGUUGUUAUGCACAAGCUCUUUGACAAUGGAGAGGGCCGCACCACCAUCGCUGGUGGACAGGGUACGAUGUGGACUACGCUUCUUCAAAUGGGCGAACUGGUAGACACGGCACACAGAGUUUAUGAUCCAACCGAGACUCGUCUCUUCAUCACGCAUGCCUCCCCUGCCCGAGAGGGCAUCCUCAAUCAACUCUCCGUCGCUCUCAAGGCCGACUUUUCCGUCUCAGCUGGCCUUCAUUUCCGCUACGGAAGCUCCUACAACGAAUUCAGUGUCAACCCCACGCUUGAUCACUACCGUGGCAAACUCGCUGCCUCCAAGGCUUCGUUUAGCGACGUUUGGGAGACUGUCAAGGGUGAGGUUGAGCCUGCCAUUGCCCAAAACGAAGCCCAGCAGAACCUUCUCAAAAAUGCUCUUCAAAUCGUUGAGAAGAUGCCUACUACUGCUGCUGGUGGCAACCCCUUUGGCGGCCCUGUUAGUGGCCAUGCCGCCUUGGGACAGGUUGACGAGAGUGCAUUCAAAAACAUGUGGAACUUCAACUUGGCGGAUGCGGCUUUUGGCUAUCUUGUUCUGGAGAUCCAAGACGGACGCAUUGGCACAGAGAUGCGCGCCCAGGGCUUCAACUUUUCUCAUAGAGGAGCUAAGCAACAGCCUGGCGCUACGGCCAGCGCGCCGGUCACUUCGACUUCUGCCAGCGCCCCUACACCACCUCCUGCGGCUGCCGCGCUUACUUCCCGUCCGGCCCCCGAAAAACAUGAAAAGUCUGAGAAGCAGGUUAAGGGCUCCACGCCGGCAAAGCCGGCUACUCCUCAACCUAACCAGGGCAACGGUAACAAGGAUGCGGAGAAGACUCCCGCUUCCGCCAACGGCGGCACUGACCCCGUUACUUCCCCCGCUCCCAAGAUUGUUCCCUCCGAUAUUAUUGGUUUGUUCAUUAUGAACGUUAGCACCGAGGACCAGUGUCGCGAACUAUUCAAUGAUGAGGACAGGGCCAAGAUUGUAAAGAUCGAGAAGUGGGGCAACUCGAACAAGGUUGUUCAGUUCAAGACUAUGACUGACCGAGACACCGCUAUGGACAACCUUCCGGACUCUGUCAAGACGAGAACUUCGGAGGACCGCACCAAACCCUGGGUCAAGAUCUUCCAGCCUCGUGAGACUAAGGUUGGCGCCCGCGGUGGCGCUGGAAAUUGGGGCGGCAGUGCGCGCGGUGGCGGCAGUGCCAGCGGAUAUCGCAGUGCUGGAGGAGCCAGUGACUCCGAAAGCAACCUCCGUGGCGGUCGCGGCGGUCGCGGUGGCCGUGGUGGUCGUGGCGGUGACCGUGGCCGAGGUGGCCGUGGCCGUGGAGGCAAAGGUGAUGCAAACACGUCUUCACCUGCCGGUGGUGCAGAGUAA